CUUUUAAGAAAAAUAUUUAAUUUAUUAAUAAUGCGAUUUCAAAUUCAAUAAGAAAAACCGGAAAUGAACAAUCCCAUCCACGUCGAGAAGAUUCCUGGUUAGGGUUUCAGGAGAAGAUUAAGCAACUCAGGACCAGAUAUGCAGCCUGGAAGUUGCGUAGGCCCUUGGCAGGAUCAACAAGAUGAACAACAUCACUUCAUUGAAGCUCCAGCUUUCACAAUUUCAAAUUAUCGAAACCAACACUCUCACCCAUUUCAUCCCAAUUUACAGUAUCAUCAACAGCAAGACGAGGGAAGAUUUCUCUUGACUAAUCAAUUGUUUCCACACCAUUACCAUCACUUCCAACCAUUUGAACAACAACAACAACAAGAGGACAGAGUUUCUCACCUGAAUUUCAAGUUUGGAUUGAACGAGAACAGCCCCAGCAAGGAGGGUUGGGAAGAAGAAGAAAACCCAUUGCUGAUUCCCCGUUCUUGGCAUCGCCAUGAAGACUCUACUGCCAAAGAACGCUCUUGGAAGCCUCUGACUAACAAUGACAAAAGGGGGCGCAUUGAACAUGAAGAGCAAGCGAGAGAAAGGAACGAGUACCACAAGCUUUUACAAUAUUUUGAUUCAGGUAGUAGCAAUAAUUUGGACAACAGACUCUUCAAUGAGCUUGAAGCUAUCUAUGGCCUCUCAAAGAUGGGAGAAGCUAAUCAAACGGGCUCAGGGUCCUCUCUCUCAAGGGAAAACUGGCCUGCAAAUGCCGGACAUUCUUUGCUAUUUGGUCAUGUCAAUGGUCAAAAUGUAGCUGCGAGAGGCACUGCUAAUGCAACAACUGGGGUUGAUCUUGAAUCAGAGAUUUCCAUAGGCGAAGAAGCUGCCCUGCGAAAGAGUCAAAAGAGGAAAAGAAAAAGGUAUAUGAAGGAAAAUUUGGGUUACAUUGCUGGGUGCCUUGAGAGCUUUGUGAGACAGGUCAUGGAUCACCAAGAAAAACUGCACUGUAAGUUCUUGGGAGUGAUUGAGAGAAUGGAGAAAGAGAGGACUGAACGAGAAGAAGCAAGGAGGCACCAAGAAGCUGCAUUACAUAACGGAGAAGCAAUGGCAAGAGCCCAUGAGCAGGCUCUGGCUUCUAAUAGGACGGCUUUGAUUGUUUCAUACAUUGAGAAAAUUACAGGCAAAAGCAUCAAUCUUCCUAAGAGGAAAACUCAAUUGUUGCCAGAAACAGAUAUUUCGAAGCAGCCCCGCAAACAAUUGACAUCGGUGAAAACUGACACAAAUAGCAGAUUGCCUUAAGUUGAGGUUCGGGCUGUGAUCUUAACCAGGAGCAGCUUAGAAUAAAAAAUUCAGGAACCAGGGCUGAAAGGGCAUAUGUGGGAAGAGAUAAGUUCUUUAAUGGACCCAAUGGGUUAUCAAAAGAGUUCCAAAAGGUGCAAAGAGAAGUUGGAGAACAUCAACAAGUACUUCUGGAAAGCUAAAGACAGCAUUGAUGUUGCAGGGAAUGUGACGGAACUUGAAAUUGGUCAAUGUU